AUGAAGAAGAGCCAUGCCAAAGCGGGUUUAAAGGCCCACAAACGUGAAGGGAGAAAAGAAAGACGUCAAAAGGAAGAAGAAGAACUCAAGCAACUCAAAGAAAGAAUUGAAAACUACAAUCCCAAUAUAGAUGAAGAUGCGAUGCAACAAUUUAGUGACCUUCCAAUUACUCAGAAUACACUACGAGGUCUUAAGGAAUCCUCCUUUAUUUCAUUGACAGAUAUUCAGAAAAAGACUAUUCCAAUAGCUUUGAAAGGGCAUGAUUUGAUGGGAACUGCUAGAACAGGAUCAGGUAAAACACUAGCCUUUUUGAUUCCUGUAAUUGAAAUUUUGAUAAAAAAUGACAUUACUGAGUAUGACGGAUUAGCAGCUUUGAUAGUAUCACCAACGAGAGAACUUGCGGUUCAGAUUUUUGAAGUAUUGGCCAAGAUUGGGAAAUACAAUUCAUUCUCCGCUGGUUUGGUUACCGGUGGAAAAGAUGUACAAUACGAGAAGGAAAGAAUAUCCCGGAUGAACAUAUUGGUAGGCACACCUGGACGGAUAUCACAGCAUUUAAAUGAAGCUGUGGGGAUGGAAACAUCUAACUUGCAGGUGUUGGUCUUAGAUGAGGCUGAUAGAUGCCUUGAUAUGGGAUUCAAAAAGCAAAUUGACAACAUUGUAAAACAUUUGCCACCAACACGACAAACGUUGUUAUUCUCAGCCACUACUACCGAUAGUGUUCAAGAUUUGGCCAGAUUGUCGUUGACAAAUCCAAAAAGAAUAGGUACUUCUUCUGAUAAAGAUGUUUCAACCAUCCCUGAAUCAUUAGAUCAAUACUAUGUCAGAGUACCCUUGGAUGAAAAAUUGGAUGUCUUGUGGUCAUUUAUCAAAUCACAUUUGAAAAGUAAGAUUUUGGUGUUUUUCUCGUCGUCAAAGCAGGUGCAAUACACCUACGAAACAUUUCGUACCCUUCAACCAGGUAUUUCCCUUUUGAAGCUUUAUGGACGUAAUAAGCAAACAUCACGUUUGGAAACAACCAUGAAAUUUGCUCAAGCUCAGCAUGUAUGCCUUUUUGCCACUGAUAUCGUUGCAAGAGGAUUGGAUUUUCCUGCAAUAGACUGGGUUAUUCAAGUUGAUUGUCCCGAAGAUGUUGCAACAUACGUACAUCGUGUAGGAAGGUCGGCAAGAUUUGGGAGACAAGGUAAAUCUUUGCUAAUGCUUACCCCAAGUGAAGAAGACGCAUUUUUGCAAAGACUCAAGAUUCAUAACAUCGAACCGAAAUUGAUGAAUAUCAAACAAAAAAGCAAAAAGUCAAUUAGACCACAAUUACAGUCUUUGUGUUUUAAGGAUCCAGUGAUGAAGAAUUUAGGGCAAAGGGCAUUUAUUGCUUAUUUCAAAUCGGUGUAUAUUCAAAAGGACAAGGAAGUUUUCGAUGUGGAGUCGUUGCCUGCUGAAGCUUAUGCGGCUUCAUUAGGUCUUCCUGGGGCGCCCAAGAUCAAAAUUAAAGGAGGCUCUGCAAGUAAGGAGAAGAAGAACGAGUCGAGAAUGUUACUCGCUUUGUCGAAAAGUGACGCUGAUGGUGAGAUCAAGGAGAAACCGUCCAAGAUCAAAACCAAGUACGAUCGGAUGUUUGAGAGAAAAAAUCAAACCAUCUUGUCAGACCAUUACUUGAACUUAACCAACAGCAAGGUAAAUGGAAAGAUGGAGAACGACGAUGACGAUGAAGAUUUCAUGACUGUAAAGAGACAAAAUCAUGAGCUAAAGGAUGAAGAAUUGCCCGAUUUACUGUUACCAGCGUCUAAACGACUGGAGAGAAAGGCGCUUUCUAGAAAGGCGUCACUAGCUAACAAGGGCAAUCCGACCAAGUUGAAGUUUGAUGAUGACGGUGUUGCGCAUCCAAUAUAUGAAUUGGAAGGAGAAGAAGACUUCAUCAAAGCAGGAGAUGCCAAGAAACAGAAGGAGGAUUUCCUUACAAAGGAGCAGAAGUUGAUGAAGGUAACAGAUGCUGCCGAUAAAGAAGUCGAAAGACAAAAACGUCAAGAGAAAAAGAGGAAAAGAAAGGAAGCAGAAAGAAGAUUGAGGGAAGAGGGAGAGUAUUAUUCAGAAAGGGAGGAAGAUGUUCCAGACUUGGAGCGCGAUAUGGAAUUUGGUGACAAGAAGACAUCAGGCAGAGAUAACACUUGGUUCAAAGAUGAGCCAGAAAUCAAGAAACAAAAGAAGGAUGACUUUAUUGAAAUUGAUGAGCCAGAGACUUUGGAGGACCUUGAAUCUUUAGCAGCCAAGUUGAUAAGCAAUUAA